UUUUAUCAAUUCCACUAGGACGUGGAUUAAGUUCGCACGUGGAUUCAUAUUCAUUUAGAAAUGUAUCCACUUAUAAUCUUAUUUCUUUUUGGCUUAACUGUUGGCGACCCAAUACGGACCCGCGAUGCAUCGUAUGAGCAUUAUGUUUUACCAGGAGAGUCCUAUCCAACAUUCUACGAUGUGUCCUUGGCGAUAGACCCGGAUUACCAUGAAAACUUCAACGGAAGCGCUGUAAUAAGGAUCAUUCCAAAUCAAAAUGUGCAAGAAAUUGUCCUGCACGCAAUGGCUAUGACUAUCAGCCGUAUUGCGCUGUUCAGCGAAAGUAAUACAAACUUGGAUUUGUUUUCAAGUUAUACUUUAGUGACAGAUGACACCCAUUUCUUGAGGAUACGAUCAAAUGCGUUGUUAUUACAAAACCAACCUUAUUCACUUCACAUAGAGUACACAGCUACGUACGCUGAAAAUAUGUUUGGAGUUUACGUGUCUACAUUCGAACAACCUGGCGUAGGCACUGUAAAUUUAGUGACGUCACAGUUACAGCCAACGUUUGCUCGGCGAGCAUUUCCGUGUUACGAUGAACCAAGUUAUAAGGCCCAGUUCAGAAUGACGAUAUACGCCCCUGCAGCGUACCCAGUGGUCAGAACUAAUAUGCCGCAGAAAACAACAAACUUGAUAAAGCCUGAAAUUCCAAAUUUCGUGAAAUAUGAGUUCGAAGACACAGUCGUAAUGUCUUCAUACCUAUUAGCCUACCUAGUUUCAAACUUUGACCAUCUCUCCAACGAGGGGAACCAGAUAUACGAUAUACCGUUCAGGGUGUACUCUAGACCAGGAACUCAAAACACCGCUAUAUUUGCAUUGGACUUUGGUCAAAGGAAUAUGAUGGCCUUGGAAAACUACACAGAAUUCCGAUACGCACUGCCCAAGCUCGACAAGGCUGCCGUGCCAGAUUUUGCUGCUGGUGCCAUGGAAAACUGGGGUCUUGUCAUAUACAGGGAGGUAGCUUUGCUAGUCACAGAAGGUGUCACUACCACCGCAACUAAACAAAAUAUUGGGCGCAUCAUCUGUCAUGAAAACAUGCACAUGUGGUUUGGCAAUGAAGUCAGUCCCGUGUCCUGGACUUACACUUGGUUGAAUGAAGGCUUUGCGAAUUUCUUCGAAAAUUUCGGUACUGACUUGGUGCUGCCAGGGUGGCGUAUGAUGGACCAAUAUGUUCUGCUACUACAGAAUGUCUUCCAAAGCGAUGCUGUUCUCAGCGUGAACCCUAUGACACAUCCAGUGUUCACACCCUCGCAGAUAAUUGGCACGUUCAAUGCUGUUGCCUAUCAGAAAUCUGGAUCUGUAAUUCGUAUGAUGCAGCACUUCCUGACACCGGAAAUCUUCCGACAGGGUCUUGUGCACUACCUUCGAUCAUUCUCUCGUCGGGCAGUAACUCCUCCAGAUUUGUACGAAUCACUCCAGUAUGUUUUGGAUAACUCAGCGCACAGUAUUCCUUUCAAUAUAUCGACGGUCAUGAAUCGCUGGACAACACAAGGCGGUUUUCCUGUCCUAACUGUGGAACGACAGGCACCUACUGCACAAUCUCUAUCUAUUCAUCAGGAACGCUUUUUAACUGACUCGUCACUUAAAUCGUCUGACAACUGGCACGUACCUGUCAACUGGGUUCUUUCAAGCAACAUUGACUUUGAGGAUACCAGGCCUCAGGCUUGGGUGUUACCAAAUAGCCCAGCACUAGCCGUCGACAUUCCAGGCCUUUCUGAUGCUGAAUGGUAUAUAGUUAAUAAACAACAAACUGGGUAUUACAGAGUUAAUUACGAUACGGUUAACUGGAGAGCAUUGGCUAAUGUACUUUUGCGAUCACACGAGGACAUUCAUUUGUUGAAUAGAGCUCAAAUAAUUGAUGACGCCUUCAAUUUAGCAAGAAAUGGUCGUCUGAAUUACGAAUACGCUUUCGAAGUAUCGCGUUACUUGACAAAUGAGAGUGACUACAUUGCGUGGGGAGCGGCUAAUGCAGCAUUUAAUUAUUUAGAUGUCGUUCUCAGUUCAACACCUGUCUACGAGCUCUUUCAGCAAUACAUUCUAGAACUAUCUGCACCCUUGUAUGAAAGUUUGGGUUUCAUAGCUAAGGACAACGAAGAACAUGUGACAGCAUUCCAUCGUAACAUUAUCUUAGAUAUAAACUGCCGCAAUGGAAAUCAGCAGUGUAUCAGCAGUGCCCAGGAACUGUUGCAGCAAUUUAGAAAUAAUUCUACAUUUACCUUAAACCCUGACAUACAGACAGUGGUAUUCUGUUCUGGACUCAGAGGAGGUGACGUAGAGAAUUUCAACUUCCUCUGGAACAUGUACCAAACUAGCUCGGACUCUAGUGUUCAAGCAAUUCUCCUAAACUCUCUCGGAUGUACUUCCAAUGAAACACUACGUGAUUCUUUCUUGAAACAAGUGAUUGACGAUAAUUCAGCCGUUCGAGAACAAGACAGGCACUCUAUUGUCGUGUCCGUAACUAACUCGAGCCCCGAAAACAUGGAAGCGGCGCUGGACUUCGUUUUGGAAAACUUCGCUGCUAUUCAGCCUAGAGUGCAAGGGCUAACUGGAACUACAAAUAUAUUGAACACCUUCGCCAGAAGACUGACGAGCAGACAACACUCAGAAAAAAUUGAAGAGUUUGAAAGGCGGUACAAUAACAUCUUCUCAGCGGGCGAGAGGGCAUCUGUUGCAGCCAUCAAAGAGAAUAUUGCAGCUUCCAUCACUUGGAGUGAGAACUACUACAAUCAAGUUAACACCUGGCUCAACACGAACUACGGAAGCAGCGCUUCCACGAUCGGCUGCAGUUUGGUUCUCCUUGUUUCAGUCAUUCUUACUAUCAUUCGUUAGGCAGAUUUAUGUUAAUUAGAUUUUUCUAUUAAAUUAAUUCCAAUAGAUUAAAAAUUACUCUACGUUUACUAUAAUGUUUAUAAUAAUAAUAAUUAUAAGCCAAAGCAAAGGUUUGAAACAGUUAUGCCUCACAAUAAUGUCAUCUAGAUAGACAAAACAAUUGUUAAAAGAGGAACAAAAUGCACGUGUUGUAAAUAAUAUUUUGCAGAUUAAUAAAUAUUGUACAAAAUUU